AUGCUCGUCCCAUGUACUACGGCUGUACCCACCCACACCUCCAAUCCAACCACCGGCCAGCAGGAGCAAGCCAUGGCGGAGCAGCAGGUCGUGGACGCCAUGAAGGACCAGGCCGCCCUCUCGAUGCGUCUCCUCCGUGGCCUCGGCCUCCGCGGCGAGCAAAACCUCGCCUUCUCGCCCGCGUCUUUCCACGCCACCCUCUCCCUCCUCGCGGCUGGUACCGCCGGUGCCAUUCGGGACCAGAUCGUCUCCUUCCUGGGCCCCGCCGGCGCUGAAGCGCAUGCUGCCCUCGUGUCCCACUUUGGCCAAACACCGAGCCACCAGGAAGAGGACGAGGAAGGAUAUCCCAUGGUCCGGUGCGCCACGGGGGUGUGGGUCGACUCCUCACUCCGCCUCAAGCCCACCUUCGCGACCAUGGCGGCAUCCAGGUUCAACGCGGAGGCGCGAGCCGUCUGCUUUGGGUCAAGCCCCGAGCAGGCCAGGUCCGAGAUCAACGAGUGGUUCGAGGGCGAGACAGGCGGCCGGUGGAAGGAGCUUGUACCUGAGGGUUCCAUCAACGCCGCCACGGUCAUCGUCCUCGCCAACGCGCUCUAUUUCAAAGGCUGGUACGACCCCUUCGACCCUGAGCUCACACAAGAUGGCGACUUCUACGUCUCGCCCGGGCACGCCGUUCGCACGCCCUUCAUGGUGGGGGGCUACCUGCACGAGAACAUGUGCAUCGCCUGCCACCCCGGCUUCAAAGUCCUGCGGAUGCCCUACUGCGGCCACUACCAGGACUGUCGCUCCUCCAUGUGCAUCUACCUUCCGGACGAUCGCGGCGGCCUGCCGGAGUUGGUGCGCGCGCUCAGCUCUGACCCGUCCGUGCUAUUCGCCGUACCGGAGAAACUGGUGUCCACGGGCGAGCUGAGGAUCCCCAAGUUCGACGUGUCGGUACGUCUCGAGGCCACGCAGAUCCUCCGUGAUCUCGGGCUGGACCUGCCGUUCCGUCUCACUCCGGCCGGUGAAUCCUUCUCGGAGAUGCUGGCCUUGGACGAGCACGAUUCCAAGAUGCCGAUGGCGGUGUCGUCCGUCGUCCACCAGUGCUCUGUCAACAUCAACGAGCACGGUACCGUGGCCGCCGCAGCCACCGAGAUGGAGAUUCUGGGGUUUUGCCUGCCGGAGGAGAAGGUCGUAGACUUCGUGGCCGAUCACCCGUUCCUUUUUUUCAUCAUCAAAGAGGAGGACAACAAUGGCGUGAUUCUUUUCGCCGGCCAAGUAGUCAAUCCUCUCUCUUAG